AUGGCGAAAUUUACUGUUUCACAAAUCAAGGAGCUGAUAGAGUUGCAUGAAAGUACACUGUUGAAAAUAUUUAAUGAUAAGUUUGAAAAAAUAGAAAACAAGCUCAUUAGUAUGCAAGUAGAAAAUACAACUUUAAAAAAUGAAAUCAGCGAAUUAAAGAAGUCUGCUGAGUUCAUAAAUGAAAAAUACGAAAAAAUUUUAAACGAAGUGAAUGAUUCUAAAAAGAAAGCAUCAACAUCAAAUUUAAACAAAACUAGCAUAGAACUUGAACACAGCGAUAAUAUAAUUAAAGACAAACUAGCAGAAUUGGAGGACCGCAGUCGGCGAAACAACUUAAGAUUCAAUGGGAUCCAAGAAAGUGAAAAUGAAACUUGGGAAGAAAGUGAAAAAAAAAUACACGAACUAUUAAAUUCAAGACUUGGUAUUAAUAACAAUAUAAUAAUUGAAAGAGCACAUAGAACUGGAAAACUUGAUUAUGGUGGAAAAAUGAAAAACAGAACUACAGUUGUCAAAUUCUUAAACUAUAAAGAUAAACAAACGGUAAUGGAAAGUUACUCGAAGUUAAAACUCUGUGACAGAACGCCUAUACAUUAA